CAGAUCGAAUUGGAUAUCGAACCCACUGAUUUGGUUUCGAGAAUCAAGGAGCGUGUUGAAGAAAAAGAGGGAAUCCCGCCAUCUCAGCAGCGAUUGAUUUACGGAGGAAAGCAGAUGGCCGACGAUAAACCGGCAAACUUCUACGGUCUGGAAGGUGGUGCUACGCUGCAUUUGGUGCUGGCGCUUAGAGGAGGUCGUAUGUAA